ACAAUUGCCGAAAAGCCUGCGACAGGAAUUUUGACCCCAGUUCACCUUCUGUGCAAGGAAGGACAGUCAGUCAACAUCCUGGUCACCGAGAGCAAGACAGCUAAGGAAGCGAUGGAUGACCUGAAGAGAAACAAAGCUGCACCUGAUCUGAGAAGUUAUAUUUUAUAUGAGCAGUUGUUCAGGGGAGCUUUAGAGAGGCCUCUCUUUCCUGAGGACUUGGUGGCAGUUACCACAAAACGCUGGGCGGAAUGGGAGAGCUGGGUACUGGAGGAUAGCUCGGUCUGUUUGUGUGUGCAGGGCCCUGAACUGCUGGAGAAACUUGACAACAGUUUCAACCGAAACCACGAUCUGGCAAGUAAACUGCAAUACUGUGAUGCUAAAUCAAGGAAGUUUAAGAGGAAGACAGUUCGCUUUCAACAGUGCAAACUGGCAUUAUAUAGUGAUUCACAGGGGUUUUCAGAGUCAGUAUCGUGGAAAGUGGAAGACAUGACAAUAUAUUUAGGAACGAUGCACAAGAAAAAUCCAACACCAUCAAGAUACUGCCUCACCUUCACUGUCACUGGAGAAAAAUACACAAAACCACCGUUUGGACACUGCCUGUGCUUUGACACAGAAGAUGAACUGUACCGGUGGGCUGCAGCCAUGUAUACAGCACAGCAUCCUGCAGGUUUGUUGAGCUGGCUCAACAAGUAA